UUGGCGAGGAGACAGAAGUCACUUGUGACAUUUGUCAUCGGUAAACUGCUCCGUGGUGUGCCAGCAGAAGGCGGGACUCACUUCGCUCAGGACUGACUUUUUGUUGUUGUUGUUGUUGUUGUUGUGCACUUUUCUGUUUUUAUAAAGUUUUAUUUGGAUUUUUUAAUUAAAAACCCGAAGAUGCCCGCUGGUACUUUAGAGAGAACAUCUCCACCCGCGGUGGCUGCCACACCGGCCAGUGGCGACUGCACACCAGAAAAACCCCGGACUCUGACGGAGAACAGAAAGUCCUCCAAACCAAUCAUGGAAAAGCGGAGACGCGCGCGCAUCAAUGAGAGUCUGGGCCAGCUGAAGACCCUCAUCCUGGACGCGCUCAAGAAAGAUAGCUCCAGACACUCCAAACUGGAGAAAGCUGACAUCCUCGAGAUGACCGUGAAGCACCUCAGGAACCUGCAGCGACUUCAGAUGACUGCUGCUGUGAACACAGAUCCAUCCGUCCUGGGUAAAUACAGAGCCGGGUUCAGCGAGUGUGUAGGAGAGGUCACCCGUUUCCUGUCCACGUGCGAAGGGGUGAACACAGAUGUGAGGACUCGUCUCCUCAGCCACCUGGCAGCCUGCGUGACCCAAAUCAAUGCUGUGAACUUCUACACACCUCACCCAGGGGUGCUGGGACUCGGACAGACUGCCACACAGAGUCCAGCCGCCUCCGCUCCGCAGGUGCCCUGCAAAAGUGUCUCAGCGAUGCACGCCUCUCCGGAAGCGAUGAAGCUGUACGGUGGCUUCCAGGUGGUGCCGACGCCGGAUGGACAGUUUGCUUUUCUUGUUCCCAGCGCGGCCCUCAUGCCUCUGGGUGCACAAAACAGCCAUCACAUGUCACCUGCUGCACCUCAGGUCACCUCAGACUCAGUGUGGAGACCGUGGUAGGAAAUCAGCUCAGCUGAUUUUUCUGGACAAUAAAAUACAUUUUUGUACAUUUUGUAAAUGUUUUUAAAACUUGCUUGAGGGGGAUGUUUACACACAUUUGUUUUUUUAUGAACAUUAGGAGAUAUUCUUGGCCUCUUUGCUUGCUUUGCUGUUUUUGAUACAGCAAAAACAAGUCCUUGACAAGCUCUUGAAAAGCACUGUAUUUUUUUAGAUUAA